ACCGUCUGUCAACAAUCAGUGUUUUGGAGGAGAUAUGGCGAAUGACAAGAUAGAAGAGAUUUCCAGUAUGGAAGGCGAAUAUCAGUGGUUAUUACAAGAAGAGGUCCACAGGGUGUUAAAGGAACUCAAAGAAAUGCUUCAUGAAUGUGGAAAGAGGUUUAGGACACAAGCCACAGUGGAUAACAUUUUUAAUAGAGUACUAUGUACUUUGGAAUCAUCGUUUGUUUGUUUUCUUAUCAUAUCUUGCUUGUCCCAAAGGUCAUGAUGUCGAUCCUGUAUUCUAUAGCAAUGAAAAUACUAUUGGCUCAAUUAAGGCUGAAAAAUUUGUUCUACAAAGUGCAAAUGGAUCAGAUCAUGUGAGAGGGAUCAUUACAUUGCAAGGAGAUAGAAUUAGUAAAGCAGACUUAACCUUACGAUUACAACGGAGUGCAAGUCAGAUUUUAAAAACAUCUAUACGUGAAGAUAUUCCAUGGAGACUACAACAGGUCCAAGAUGCGGGUAAUCAUCUGCAGACUGCUGUUGAACGGGUUUCAAUGAAAGAUGUAGAUUAUGAAUUCCAGUCUGGUGAAGAAGUAUCACAGUUGAUGGAUGAAGUGAUGUGUAGUCUUCAUCAUGGUAGACAGUGCUUAUUGAACCCCUCCAAAGAAACACUUCCAGAUAUAUAUCGCAAUAAAUCUACUCGUUCGUUAAGUCCUCAACUUCCACCUGAAGCAAUGAUCAAUUUUUUUAUUCAUUGUAAUAAACUGGUAAUGGUCGCCUACUACAUUCAUCAGAUCCCACCAUCCAGGAGCACACAGCAUCACAGGCCGCAGCCCAUACUGACACAUCCCAAACAAAGCAAUAUUUUUGAAGUUGGAGCAGCUCGAUUUGAAGUCACCGCCCAGUACUUGGUUGAAAGUGUUGUUCCGUGGCUGAGUGAGACCCUAAUGUACUUCACCGUUGCAUUGCAAACAUGUCAGGAACUUAAGAAUAAGAUAGAGGUAUUUGCAUCUUAUCAAGAGGAUAAACAAGAUAAUUGAAACAUUUGGUUUUUAUUGGCCAGCGCUUCCCAUUCCCAAGGUAUUCUCCAUCUUUUCACCAAAGCAGUCCCUUAUCAAAGAAUCAGUGCAAUGAUGUUGUUAUGUUACUCAUUGUAGAUUAUUUUAAGCUGUAAUGAUUAGAUGAGACUUGUCAUCCCAAAACCAGUGUACUGUCACUAAUUGUUAAACGGAGUAAUAUUAGAAGAAUAUGCCAGUAUUGUAUACUUUUGUAGAGAAAAGAGCCUGUAACACCUUUUACUACUCAGAACUUUUUUAAUAGUAAAUUGAUUCUAGUAAAUGGCCCAUCAUUUUAAAGCUUAUAAUGUGAAACAUAAGUUAUAUUAAAAUAUCAAUUUUUUAUUUAAAUGAUAUUACUUCAAAUAUUUAAUUGAAUAUUUUCCAUUAAUGGCUGAAAAUUUACAAGUGCAAAUAAUUAAAAGAUACCUUUGUAUAAGAAACAUAUUUAGCCAUGGAAACAAUUAAGGCAGCAGGAUGAUGUGAACUUAUUGAUUAAUUGAAUGAUUGGUAACUAAAAGGACAUAUUUUUUCAGUUGGACAUUUAAUUUUGCUUAGGUUGAUACUAAUUUCCAUGAGAAACUUCCUAUUCCAUUGCCUGAUUCAAAAUGACCAAAGCACUAGUGUAAUUUAAUAACCUAAUCCAUAUUUAUUCCUUUGUAAAGUAAAUCAAAUGCUCUGCUCUUACCCGCCUAACGUGUGUACAGAGAUUCCAGCAGUAAGUUGAUUUGAAAAAAGUGUAUAUUCUGGGUGGAGUUAUGUAGUAUUCUGGAUGUAGAUGAUGAGCAUAUUUUCUAAUAAUACGUAGGUUGAAUAACGGCUUGGCUCAUUUUAUAUAAAACAUUGAAUGGAUAAUUUCUAGGAAAUUUCUAUUAGAUAGUAUUAUUGUAAAAGUACUAUUGAAUGGGUGGGUUAUUUUAGAAAAUAGAAAUACUAUUGAAUGGAUAUGAUUGUAUUAUAUAUCAAGUGGAAGUGGUUGUGGUGUGUGUGUAUAGUAGUACUAUUGAAUGGGUAUGAAUAAAUAUGAUUUAAUGAAUAGGCUGAAAUUAGACAAGUUCUAUUGAAUGGUAAAAUUCAUUGUAUAUUGAAUGUACAAUGUACAAGUACUAUUUAUAAUGAUUAGAAUAUUUCAAUAGAUGUUCUAUUGGAAGUAUAUGUUAUUUCUAUUGAAUUAUGUUAAAUGAGAAUUUGAAUUGAAUUCAUAUGUACAAUUUAAAUGAAAUAUCAAGUAUAUUGUUGAGUGAAUUGUUUAUCAUAUCAAAGCAUAACUUUUGUUUGAUUAAUUUAACCUGAUUUUAUUAUUUUUAGUAUUUUGUUAACACUUAAUUAUAUAAAACAUUGUUCCUUAUAAGCAGGCUAUUAAAAUUCAGUACAUUAGCAACUAUUUAUGACAAACUAAUUACAGUAUACAGUACACAAUGCCUUGAUAAAAAUAGAACUCGUUCUCAUGUGAAAUUCUAAGGGAAUAUAUCCAGUUGUAGCUCAAUUGAUAGUAGAGAUCUAAUGAUAUCCAAGAAUCAUUUUUCACUCAAAGAUUGUAUGAAAUUGUAAUAGUAAUUUUAUGCUCUCUUUAAAAUUCUAGGGUUUUAAUUUUGCAAUUUCAAAAGUGUUUUUUUUUCACAGGAUAUACUGUUACUACACAAUUUUAAUAAGACUUGCUUUAAUAGUGAUUUGCAUAGCUUCUCCCGUCAGUACUUAGUACAGUACUUGAUUUUAAAAAUUAAUGAAAGUAUAGAAACUUCAUAAUUGUAAACUUAGUUUAAAGACCCUUGUAGACCACUUCACAAUUAUUCUAAUGCUUAUUAUUAUUUUGGAAUGCAUUAUCCAAUUAUUAUUAUUCAUGUGUUUAUGAAAAUUUAAAUCACAGUGGAAAAAAUAUGUGUGGAAAAGUAAUGUUGGCUACUAAUUUCCAAUACUAAUGAUUUCAAUUUGGAUUUUACUGUGACUGGAAUUUAAAUAAAACGAUACUUUCUAUCUGAAAACCUGAAUAAUUAUACAAUUGAAAAAACUUUGUUAUUCAUUCUCAUAUAAAACUUAAAAGCAGAGUAAUUUAAGUAGAAGAUGGUAAAUUGUGAAUAUUUUUACACUGCAAUUUUAAAAGACAAUCAAAGUAUUUAAAUUGAAAUGAUUUUAAAACAAUUUUAAUAAGAAUUAUGUGUUGUACUUCAAUCAUGCAAGUACCAUAUUGUAUGCAAUUUUAUUAAUUUCAAAUUGAUGAUUUUUUUGCUUUGUUGUUGUUUUCAAUUUGAUGACAAAAUUUAUUUUGUACAUAAAGGUCACAGAAAUAUUCUAUGAAUAUUUUAUUUUUUUAAACAAGGACCUAAUGACAAUCAUUAACAAAAUAUUUAAUUUUUUUUUCAUAGGAAUGUUUUUUCAGUGUUGAUUUUAUAGGAAUGUUAUUCAUCAUUUAUUUAGUUGUAUUAUUAUAUAUUAUAGUGGGGUUUGUUUAUAUGGCAAAACUCAAAACAAUAUUUUUUUGUUGAUAUUAUUAUUUUUGUUUUUUGUCUAGUAAAAAUUUUAUUUAGUUUGUACCAAAUACAUGAAAGAAUAAUGCUAUUUUGUAUAGUGCAUACCAAUUUUUUUUUUUUUUUUUUUUUAGAAAUUGUUUUUUUUUCACAUGAUCAUAAUAAAGCAUAUUAGAGUAGCAUGAUUGGAUAAACUGUACAAAAGAAAACUUAGCUCUGAAAAUACUGAUUGGAUUCUUUUUGUGUAAUUGUUUUCUUUCAACAGAUAUUGUUUCAAAAGAUAUUUGGAAAUAAGCAAAACUCCAAACAAAUAUUUACCCUGAUGUGUUUAAUUGGUUUUUUUUUUUUUUUUUUUUUUUUUUUAACAUUCUAUUAUUUCUGUACAAAGAUACUCUUCAGUGAAUAUUUAAAAAAAAUAUUUUUGGUUGAAUUACUUACUGGGAAUGAUUUGAAUAAAAGUAAACAUUCUUUGAGUUUGCAUUUAAAUCCAAAGUUAACAUUCCCAAAAUUGUUCUUGAAUUGUGCUUUGUAGUUUUGUAGUUUCUUAAAACUUCAAUUCAGUUACUGUCAAUGCAAUACUCUGUUGUAAAAAAAAAAAUUUUCAGAAAACAUUACAUUAUCAGAAAAGUAUGCUACUGAUGUUUGUGGAAUUGAAACCAAAUUUACAAAU